CUGCGCGGGCCGGGAAGAGUGAGAGCCACCGUCGCCGCUGCCGUCGGCCGCUGGGCCUGUCCGCAGCUCGGCCCGUCCAGCCCGCGCCCCACGCCCUACGCCCAGCCCGCGCGCCAUGGAAGCCGUCGGUGUCCGGGGACCGCACCUCUGAGACCCGCGACCGACCGCCGCAGCCAUGAGGAGCGAUCGCGCCCGCAAGGGCAGCGGGGGCCGGAAGGACUUGGGCGCGGGACUCAAGUACAGCUCGCGGCUGGAGAACAUGAACGGCCUUGAGGAAGGCCUGGAGUUCUUGCCAGUCAACAAUGCCGAGAAGGUGGAGAAGCGUGGCCCAAGGCACUGGGUGGUGCUGAUGGUGGUGCUGACCGUCAUUCUCCUGGUUUCGCUCCUGGUUGGCUUUCUGGUGUGGCAUUUCCACUACCGGAAUAUGCGGGUCCAGAAGGUCUUCAAUGGCUACCUGAGGAUCACAAAUGAGAACUUUCUGGAAGCCUAUGAGAACUCCAGCUCCCCUGAGUUUAUAAGCCUGGCCAACAAGGUGAAGGAAGCGCUGAAGCUGCUAUAUAGUAAAAUCCCCGCCCUGGGCCCCUACUACAAGGAGUCAGCUGUGACUGCCUUCAGCGAGGGCAGCAUCAUCUCCUACUACUGGUCCGAGUUCAGCAUCCCCCCGCACCUGGUGGAUGACGCGGAGCGCGCCAUGGCCCAGGAGCGCAUGGUCACGCUGCCGCCGCGUGCACGGGCCCGGCACUCCUUCCAGCUGACCUCGGUGGUGGCUUUCCCCACCGACCCCAGAACACUGCAGAGGACACAGGACAACAGCUGCAGCUUCGCCCUGCACACCCGCAGCGGGGAGCUGACUCGCUUCGCCACGCCCGGCUUCCCCGACAGCCCGUACCCGGCUCGCGCCCGCUGCCAGUGGGCCCUGCGCGGGGACGCGGACUCCGUGCUGAGCCUCACCUUCCGCAGCUUUGACGUCGCUCCGUGCGACGAGCGUGGCAGUGACCUGGUGACGGUGUAUAACACCCUGAAUCCUAUGGACCCCCACACCCUGGUGCAGCUUUGUGGCACCUACCCUCCGUCCUACAACCUGACCUUCCUCUCCUCCCAGAACGUCCUGCUGGUCACACUGAUAACCAACACAGAGCGGCGCCAUCCUGGCUUUGAGGCCACCUUCUUCCAGCUGCCUAAGAUGAGCAGCUGUGGAGGCUACUUACGUGACACCCAGGGGACAUUUAGCAGCCCUUUCUACCCAGGCCACUACCCACCCAAUAUGGACUGCACAUGGGACAUUGAGGUGCCCAACAACCAAAACGUGAAGCUUCGCUUCAAAGUCUUCUACCUGCUGGAGCCCGACGUGCCACUGGGUACCUGCCCCAAGGACUACGUGGAGAUCAACGGGGAGAAGUACUGUGGAGAGAAGCCCCAGUUUGUGGUCACCAGCAAGAGCAACAAGAUCACAGUUCGCUUCCAUUCGGAUCAGUCCUACACCGACACCGGGUUCCUGGCUGAAUACCUCUCCUAUGACUCCAGUGACCCCUGCCCGGGGCAGUUCAUGUGCAACACCGGCCGUUGUAUCAAGAAGGAGCUGCGCUGUGACGGCUGGGCCGACUGCACCGACUUCAGUGACGAGCUCCACUGCCAGUGCAAUGCCUCCCACCAGUUCACGUGCAAGAACAAGUUCUGCAAGCCCCUCUUCUGGCUCUGUGAUGGCAUGAAUGACUGUGGGGACAACAGUGAUGAGCUGAUGUGCACUUGUCCAGACCAGAAUUUCAAAUGCUCCAAUGGGAAGUGCGUCCCGAAGAGCCAGCAGUGUGAUGGGAAGGACGACUGUGGGGACGGGUCUGAUGAGGCCACCUGCGACAGUGGGAGAGUCGUCACUUGCACCAAACACACCUACCGCUGCCACAAUGGGCUCUGCCUGAGCAAGGGCAACCCCGAGUGUGAUGGGACAAAGGACUGUAGUGAUGGCUCGGAUGAGAAGGACUGUGACUGCGGGCUUCGGUCAUUCACCAAACAGGCUCGGGUUGUUGGGGGCGUAGAUGCAGAAGUAGGAGAGUGGCCCUGGCAGGUGAGCCUGCACGCCCAGGGCCAGGGCCACGUCUGUGGGGCCUCACUCAUCUCUCCCAGCUGGCUGGUGUCCGCAGCUCACUGCUUCAUUGAUGAUAAAGGAUUCAGGUACUCGGACCCCAAGCAGUGGACAGCCUUCCUGGGGCUGCACGACCAGAGCGAGCGCGACGUCUCUGGGGUGCAGGAGCGCAGCCUCAAGCGAAUCAUCCGCCACCCCUCCUUCAACGACUUCACCUUCGACUACGACCUGGCGCUGCUGGAGCUGGAGCAGCCCGCGGAGUACAGCGCCGUGGUCCGGGCCAUCUGCCUGCCCGAUGCCUCCCAUGACUUCCCUGCGGGCAAGGCCAUCUGGGUCACAGGCUGGGGGCACACCCAGCAGGGAGGCAGCGCCGCGCUGAUCCUGCAGAAAGGCGAGAUCCGUGUGAUCAACCAGACCACCUGCGAGAAGCUGCUCCCGCAGCAGAUCACGCCACGCAUGAUGUGCGUGGGCUUCCUCAGCGGCGGCGUGGACGCUUGCCAGGGCGACUCCGGGGGCCCCCUGUCCAGCGUGGAGGACGGAGGGCGGAUCUUCCAGGCCGGCGUGGUGAGCUGGGGCGAGGGCUGCGCGCAGAGGAACAAGCCAGGCGUGUACACCAAGCUCUCUAUGUUUCGGGACUGGAUCAAAGAGCAAACCGGGGUGUAGGGGCAGGGGCCGCCCACACCAACGUAUGCAUUUUGGGGGCCACCUGGACAAAGCACCUGCAGGCCGCCCACUGGACAGGCUGACACGCAGGCCUGCGGGCUGAGAACUGGACUUCUGACCAUCCGUGCCUGGGCCCCAGAACCCCCAAACUGUGAACUGCACCUGGGGUCGGGGUUUGCCCAGACAGCCUGACCCCCCCACUCAGCCUGCACAGGGAGGCUGGGAGUGAUGGGGGAGGAUGCUGGUAGUGCUGGUGGCCCAGCUGGGGACAAAGGUUUGAAGACAUAACCUCCGGGCGGAGGCUCUUCCAGAGACCUGCUUCCUCUGUCCACCGAGCACCCAGAAUGUGGCUCUGGGCUCUGGGGAGGGCCGAGGGUCCUAGGGACACGCCCUUCAGGAAACGCGGGCCCCACGCCUUGCAAGACAGACAAGUCUAAGACUGGAGAAUUUUGACCAGCCCCCAGCGUGGGCUUGAAUGCGUGCGUUUAUUUGUGUGUGUGAGUAAAACAUUUUGUUUUUAA